GAGCAGUUAGCAAACAGCUGCACCGGUCGCACCACACCGUCACACAGGUUAGUGAGACAGACUGAGCUCCAUCCGCAACACGAGCCCUCAUGGACCGACUGCUGUGUGACUGUGUGAUAGCUUUGGCUGUGCUGCUGUGUGUGGCUACACAGGUGUUGUGCCAGCUGUGCGACAGGCCCUGCCUCUGCCCCAGUCCUGCCCCUCAGUGCCCCCCAGGAGUCCCUCUGUUGCUGGAUGGCUGCCGGUGCUGCCAGGUGUGUGCCAGGCAGCGAGGCGAGCCCUGCACUGAGAUGUUUCCCUGCGACAGCCAGAGGGGACUGCAGUGCGACUACAGCGCCAGCUUCCCUGGAGAAGCCGGGGAGUGUGUCAGUCAGGAGGAUCUGGGCUGUGAAGUCAACGGCGUCACUUACCAAGAGGGCCAGUCGUUUCAGCCCUCCUGUGACACUUACUGCCACUGCAGAGGUGGAGGGGUGAGCUGUGUGCCAGCUUGCCCUCUGAACGCCCGUCUGCCCACUCCAGACUGUCCCAACCCACAACACGUCCGGCUGCCGGGAAAAUGCUGCAGGGAGUGGGUGUGUGAAAACCUGGAGAACACAGUCAUUCAGGAUGCGAUCACAGCCAUGAGACCCACCAGGUUGUGGCCAGCUCUCCCAAGGGAUCAUCCUCUAAACAGACUGGUCCAACCUGCCGCCAAGUGUGCAGAGCAGAGCACCCAGUGGAGCGCCUGCUCCCAGAGCUGUGGGGCCGGGGUCUCCACACGGGUGUCUAACCAGAACCCAGCCUGCAAGCUGCAAAUGGAAACUCGACUUUGUAAAGUGCGGCCUUGCCAUACAAUUCAACCUGCCACAAGAAAGCCCAUGCAGGGACAGCAGGCGCAUUGCAAGGCCAGCUACACAUCACCAGGCCCCAUCAGGCUUGUUCACCAGGGCUGCUACAGCACUCGGGCCUACAAGCUCCGGUACUGUGGACAGUGCACCGACUCCCGCUGCUGCACGCCCCAUCAAACCACCACGGCUGACGUGACCUUCCUCUGCCCCUCUGGUAGAAAGCUACAGCGACCUGUGAUGAUGAUCCACUCUUGUGUUUGUCACCACAAAUGCCCCUACGCACCUUACCGUAACCCUGCUCUGUGGGGCUACAGGCCUUGAUCGACCUGUCGGAGCACUGAUUCCUUCAGAGCAGGAAGACUUGACUGAUUCAGGGGCCGAACGGUGCGAGAAGCAUGACCAGGUGGAUCCGCAUAGGCAUCCUCUGAUCAAUGGACCUUGAAAGAGAAAAUGUAUAUUUGUAGAUAAAAACUGUGACUGAGUUUGGAUGAACAUUGAUCUUCACACAUGUACAAUCUCAUUCUGCACUUCAGCACAAUUCCUUUCAUAGCUGCACACCUUCGGGAGGUCUAUACUCUGAUGACUGUGCCCUUGACCUAUCCAAGAAUCAAACAUAAAUUAGAUUGUGUAAAGUAGCACUUUUAAACACGUAUGUUGCAAAGUGCUUUACAGAAAGAAGAAAAGGGAAAGAGGGAGAUGGAGACAGAGAAGAUGAUAUAUAAAACAUGGGGCAAAUCCUUAAUCCUUAAAUAUUUGGGCCUUCUGGUGAAUUCGGCAUAUGUUAUAACCACAUCAUAGGGAGUUGCUGCAGCUCCCUCAGCACCUUAGUUCCCCGACCAUGUGUCCAGCACACAGAAACAUAUUAUGAUGCAAUAAAACCAGGAUCGACAUUCUCCAUAUAUUUGGGAUCUGAUUUUUGCAGUGUUCCAAUGUUAGUUGGAGAGAGGAGGUCUGAACUUAUGAAAUGGAGUUUAAAAUCUAUGUUGGGAUCAGAAGUAAUUCUUCAAACUUGCUUGAAGGUUUUUUAAGGCAAAGACAUUUUUUUUUAAAGACAAAGUGACUUUUGUAACCAAACAGGUAAACUGUGAAUUGACGACAAUUGGCCUGAUUAAUUUGGUCAUAAAUAUAGUAUUAAAAACAUGUUUAAAUUGCUAACUGCUGACUAAUUUCAGUAACUUACAAUCUUUGUUUGAUAGAAAUUUAUGCCACACAACGACCCCAACUAUUGUGUUGAUGGAUAUUAUUUUCUGAGGUGAGCAGUGCAUUUUUUUAACUUGUACAGUUUUGUUUGUGUGUUCGUAGCCGGAUGACAUUGCACUUAUUUCUUCAUUUUCUUCAUUUGUUUUGUUGUAAAUAAUUCAUGUGUUGUGAAAAUUGUUUCAGUAUUUUACACAUCCUGCAUUUUGACUCUAAAUGAUUUCAUUGUUUUUGAUUUAUAUUUUUUCAUAUUGUAUUUACAGAUUUAUAGUUAUUUUGUACAUACUGUGGCUUUUCAUGUGUUUCAUAUUUCUCUUCAUUAUUCAUCAGAAGUCAUUGUACAGUACACGUCUUCCUCUUGCAGCACACAGUACCACAGAAGUCACUUUUGGUAUUUCAUAUGACAAAUGAAGCCAAAUUAACAGCUACUAUUACUUGUAAUGGCUUUUAUUUGUUGUUGUCUUCUUCAUAGCUUUAAAGACUUUUUUCAGUCAGACUGGAUGGCCUUUAUACACUUCCUGACAUCUAGUGGACAAAGUACUGAACUGCUGAGGCACAACAACACCUUCAUCACCAUCAUCCUCAGAACAUAAGAUUGCAUAUUUUACUUUUGCUCUUUCUGCUUGCUCCAGAGCUGGUUCAAAUAAUACCAGUACACAAGUUAACAUGAAUUUCUAAAUGGAAUUCUAAAGUAUUGGACACAAAAUUUGGUCACAUGAUGGCACUGUAGAGGAAAGGUCAAAAGAUCACCAAGUUAUUACAAUCAAUCCUGAGGAAAACAUAAAUGUACAAAAUAUCACCCCAUGACUGUCAAAAAACUUCACUUAAAACCUCUCUUAAAAAUUUCAUCUCUUGGUGGCUGUAGGGGAAAAUUCAGGAGAUCAUCAGAGAUCGUCUGAGAACCGUGAUUGUCUGCACCAAACUUCAUGGCAAUUUAUUCUCUGAAACAGAGAAACAGGCUCCUCCAUUCAGUGGACAAUCUGCACCUAUACCUGUCGUCGCUUCUCUUAAGAUAAAAGUUUCACAUAAAAUAAAAUGUUUGAACUAUAAAUAUACAUUUUAAAGUGUGUGUAAGUUGUAAGCCUUAGUGU